AUGCGGUUUUUGUCUCUUUUCCUCAGCUUACUCGCGCUCCCUUUUGCAGUUGCUGCGCCUCUGGCAAAUGAAACAACUACGGAUGGAGAUGUAGAGGCUCAUGGUUGCAACAAUACGCUGACCGCGGAGGAGGCUAGUGAGAUUGAGGCUCGCAUUGAGUCUGAACUUGCCAGAGCGGAUCUCCCUGAUUUCCUCUCUGAUUCUUCGAGAACAGCUCCUAUUCGUGUCGAAUGGCAUAUCAUCGCUCCUUCUGCAACGGCACCUGGGGCUCUCUCCAAUGGCCAGGUGCUGGCCUCUAUCAGUGCCUUGAACACCUACUACUCGAGCAUAGGCAUACAAUUCUAUCUUGGCAACAUUACACGCACAUGGAACCCGUCUUGGUUUUUCUUGGCCAGCCAAGGAAAUCCUCUGGAUACUUCCAUGAAGAAUUUACUUCACCGUGGCACACGCCGGACACUCAACGUCUACUCAGUCAAUCUGGGUGGCAAUCCUGAGCGCGGGUAUGCUACCUGGCCUUGGAACGUUGCAGCAAAUUUGAACAGGGAUGGUGUGGUUAUUAGGUAUCGCACCGUUCCUGGUGGAGGCGAACCAAACUAUAGUCAGGGUAAAACACUUGUGCACCAUGUAGGUCACUGGUUGGGUCUAUACCAUGUGUUCCAAGGAAAUUCCUGUGGCGGGCCAGGAGAUUAUGUCUUGGAUACACCUCCUCAGCUGACUGCAUCAUUCGGCUGCCCCAACUUCAAGAACACCUGCCCUGGAGGAGGCCCGGACUCUAUUCGUAACUUCAUGGACAUGACCUACGAUUGGUGCAAAUAUCUGUUCACCUAUCGGCAAGGCGUCCGCGCUCGCCAAUUGGCAUGGAUCUAUCGUGGUCUCUAA